AUGAUACAAUCAAUUGAUUGUGAAGAAUAUAAUAAUUUAAUGAAUGAAUCAUUAAAACAUGAAACAUAUUCUGAUUUUGUUGAUCAUUUUAUAAAAUUUCGUCCAGAAUUUCGUGAACAAUUUGCUCAUUUACAUCAAAUAAAUGAACGACAAAAUGCUGUCGAAAAAUUAGGAGAAUUUAAUCAAAGAUAUACAAAAACCAAAAGAUCAACGUUAUUAUAA